ACCACCUCAUCAAUUUAAGACCCUUGCUGAUGGUGGAUGAAUGCGCGCAUGCAUGCACGCCGCGAGGUCGGAGGUGGGUUCCGGCACAUGCUGUCCGGCGACGUGCAGUGCAAGGCCCCCGCGGGCGACUCCUCCCUCCCGGAGCUUUCCCACGACGAGCUCUCCCUCCUCCUCUCCUUCCUCUACACCGGCGCCCUCGACCAGAACCUGCCGGAGCGCCACCUGCACGCGCUUCUCGUGGCGGCCGACAAGUACGACGUCCCGUUCCUGCGGCGGGCCUGCGAGGCGCGGCUGGCGGCGGCCGUGGAGCCCGGCAACGUUCACGCCUUGUGUUGUGGCUAUGUUUGGACGAAAUGUAGGUGGGCAUACAACAAGGUCUCGUGGGGGGCGUGAGCUGUACGUGCCUCCAAACUGCCUCUCACGGGCUGAUUAUGUGAUGAGCCUGCUGCCCUGGAGCCUCCAUCUCCUCCCUGAUGAUUUGUAUCGUAUAUUUGCCAAUCCAAAAAUUUUGGUAUGCCAACAUUUUGGAUUGGCAACUUUUGGUAUACAACCAAUCAGGCCCUAUGUACCAAGAAUAACAAAACGUGGGGCCUGUAACUCUGUUUAUUGAUUAAAAUUAAUUAUCCGCAAUAAAAAGAACUAGGUGUUUGGUCUA